AUGAAUAGAAUUAUAUUGUUGGGUUUAAUUCUUGUUGUGUAUUUUGCAAUGGUGCACGGAGAAAAUUCGUUAAAAAUUGAAGGAAGCCAGUCAUAUAGAAGCCAUAUUACAGACUUACAGUUCGAAGCUAGGACAAGGAAAUAUCAUCAUCAUCAUAAAUUAUGGUACCUUUGGGGAUGGCAUGCUUUGGCUAUUGCCUAUUGGGUUAAAGUGAAACUUAUUGUUGUGGGCUUCUUCGUUGGCAGUGCGAUAUUCGUAGCUUUACGAUAUGCCUGGCCUCAUAAAUGUUCUACCGGUAUCGUUCAUGACUCCCCCACAAUUGUUUAUGAUCAUCCGCCGCCUGCAUUUGCUAACGAUCAUGUGCCUUAUUCCUUCGAUCAUUCGCACCAAUUCGAUCAUUCAUUUUCCAAUUCAGACUCUGUUGAUCCUUAUUCUGCCUACGCUGGAUCGUAUUCCCAAGAUAUUACGGCUACUGCAGAAGUAGUACCGCCAACGGCAGCAGACACUCACAGGGUCGGUCGUAGGAGUGUGAAUUACUCUACAAGAGUGAAACGUCAACAAUAUUUAGGAAAAACCGAGGAUAGAAUUGCCGAAUUGAUGUUUGACUUCUUAGGCCUGGAUUCAAUGGCUUGUCGACGACGUUUCAUCUGUGAGAUGGAGUUUCGAUCACGACUUAAUCCACUUAGCGGUAUGGCUUUUCGAAUUUUGGGUCGUGGGUUUUUUGAAAAAUACAUGAAUGCUCGCAAUAAACUUGGUCGGGCGAAAUCAUUCACUGAAUGCUCUGCGGUUAACUCAGAGUGUAAAUUUAUAGAGCAAAAUUCCUCGGAUCCGGUAUCACCGGAAGAUCCAGAAGAAUCCAGCGGUGCUACUGCCACUCAAGAUGAAAAUGAAAUUAUCGGCAGUUCAGAAGAAAGUCAAGUUAAUAAUCCUAGCAUUAAUGUGGAAAUUCAAAAUGAAGGGAAUUUACAAGCGGAAAGUAGGUAUAUAAAAUUCCUUAGACAUAGUAAUCUAGAUGGCUCAAAAAAUAUUGAAACGAAACGUAUAUUAAACUGAUUGCCCGAAUGUACGAACAACUCUAAAUUAACUUAUAUAUGUACAUAUGUAUAGCCAUUAGAACACGUUGUUCACUAAACUUAAAAAUAAUUUAUUAAUGUGUUAUUUAUAUAAUCGUUAAACUUAAGUACUAUAUAUAUAUAUGUAUAUAUAUUUGCUAACUAAAGCUAAGCAGUAUUUAAUU